AUGUGGGAUGCACUGCCUACAGAGCUGAAGGCCCACAUCAUACCCUACCUCACGUUUCCUUCCCUCCUCGCUAUGCACAAUGUGUCGCGGACACUGAGAACACUUGUCCGACCUCAAAUUGCAGUCUACCUUCACUCAGUUACUGCUACGGUGCUCAUUGACUGUGGUCGUUCAAAACCAUUACCAGUACAGAUGGUGUUGAUGUCUCCAGGCUCGCACGGUGGCUCCUCAACUGAUGCAAAUGACACCGCAAGAGUUGGAUCAUUUCUCUUUGAACCCGCAGCAGCCAAGAUUCUUGGACCAAAUCAUUAUCAGAUAUGGGCUAGCGAUACAUUUUAUCGUGUGCAAGGUGUAACCAUAUCGUGCACCGGGCGAGGAGAACGUGCUCGGGAGUACACCGUUGACCUGCCGUUAGGAUAUCCUGCUAUAUCUCUUUCGUCAUCGCGAGCCAUUUUCGACGUGGGAGUUGAAGGACUCUGGGAGUUCACCUACGAGCUGAACCAAUUCCGCCAUACAUCUCCUGACGUUGAAUUUCGACCUUGGUUGUUAGUCGGGUUAAAGAGAGAGGAUGCGAUCAAACAAGAUACGAUGACAAGAUUUUUUGUUCCGAGGAGGAUUAAAAUUGCAUGGGAAUUGUUGACGAUGUGUGAGAAAGGUAUAUUAAAUGAUGUGCUUUCCAAUGACCAAGUCGCUGUGCGAAGAGUCAAGGGAGGCGAUACGCCAGUUGAAGCGGAGAUACCCAACCCAGAAUGCAGGCCCAACUAA